GGGGGCUGAGAGCCGUGGGCGCUCCUCCCCCCUCCCCUCCCGGCCUCUUCCCUUCUCGCCGGCGCCGUAGCCAGGUAAGGCGGGACCCCGCGUUGCUGCCAUGGCCGACGAUCUGGACUUCACCACGGGCGAUGCGGGCGCCUCGUCCACCUACCCCAUGCAGUGCUCGGCGCUGCGCAAGAACGGCUUCGUGGUGCUCAAGGGCCGCCCCUGCAAGAUCGUCGAGAUGUCCACGUCCAAGACCGGCAAGCACGGCCACGCCAAGGUCCACCUGGUUGGUAUUGACAUCUUUACCGGUAAAAAAUAUGAAGAUAUCUGCCCAUCAACUCACAACAUGGAUGUUCCAAAUAUCAAGAGGAGUGACUAUCAACUGAUUGGUAUUCAGGAUGGGUACCUCUCCCUGCUAACAGAAAGUGGUGAAGUUCGUGAGGAUCUGAAGUUGCCAGAAGGUGACCUGGGCAAAGAAAUAGAAGGGAAAUUCAAUGCAAGUGAAGAUGUGCAGAUAUCGGUUAUAUGUGCAAUGAAUGAAGAAUGUGCUGUAGCCAUAAAGCCUUGCAAAUAAACAAGAUCACCAGGCUCGAGCAACUGCUUAGGUCUGGACAAACUACAAAUCUUUAAAUUUGGUUUUGAUUGUCACCAAAGCUCUGGCCUUCACAAACAACCUCAUUUCUUUUUUCCUCUUUUUUUUUUUUUUUUAAUUGUUUCAGAAUAGUGCUGGAUUCUAGAUUUAAUGUUGCAGGCUAACUGGCAGUUUUCAAAAUCACUGAGGUUUUAAUUCCUUAUGACUUGUGUGACUGUCUGUCCUUUUUAACAUUCCUGUGGGUUUCAGUUCAUAGGUCUAAGAAACCUGAUCAGGUGUCACUAGUGGGUAUAUUUUAUUUGCUUGAGCAAAACAUUUGUCUGUCCAAACAGACAAAGUACAGUGUUCAGGGGGCUUUUAGAUAGAGGGUAUCUAGGAUUAAAAACUAACCUAGAGCACAAAUAGUACUUUUUUGACAUGAUCUUUAGGUAGAACUGACAUAAUAAAUGUAGGGGUUUUUGUUUAUUUUUGUUUGGUUUGUGUGGUGGUUUUUGUUUUGGGGUUUGUUUGUUUUUUUAACUUAAAUGUUAUUUUGUGAUUUGGGACUUUCACUGACCUGUAGGUGCCAAUCACAAGUUUUAGACCAAGAAACUCAAGUGAUCAAAAAUGCCAGCUUGCUUGACAAAGUCCUGGUGGCCAUGUGCAACUAACUGUAUUACCUCUGUACUCUUCUUUGCCAACUUGUUGGCUUACUUAUUGUAAUGUUAUAUAUUAAAAAGGUGUCAAAAGCCUACCUGUGGUCGAGGCAGGCAAUCAGAAUGUUGGGUAGUUAUUGCAUAGUUGGGUCAAGCAGACACAAAGGUGAGAAUGGAUGUUAAAGCUACAGACUUUCACUCGAGGCCUUUGUCAGACUUGGAAAAAUAAAAAUAGAAAAAUGCAGUUCAA